AUGAAUGAGAGUGAAGACAGAGAGAGGGAAGCCUCUCCCUCCAAGCGAAGACCUGGACCUGGACCUGAGCCUAGCUGUGUGUCCCUUAAAAGUGACUCUGCAAAGGAUCAUUUGAUACACUUUGAAGGAGAACCAGACAAUGAAGCGAAAAGGUAAAAUGAUUUAAAAAAAAAAAAACUAUCACUGAUUUGUGUUUUAGAAGGCUUAAUGUUGAUCCUCACUUCGAUUCCCACUGAUGAGGAGCUAGAAAAAAAUAUAAGUAGGAGAGCAAGAGACAAAGAGCAGAGAGAGGAACAGGAGACAAAGAGGAGAGAUGGGAGCAGAAAGAGGAGCAGGAGACAAAGAAGUGAGGGGAGCAGAGAGAGGAGCAGGAGACAAAGAGGAAGGAGGGGAGCAGAGAGAGGAGCAGGGGACAAAGAGGAGAGAGGAGAGCAGAGAGAGGAACAGGAGACAAGGAGGAGAGAGGAGAGCAGAGAGAGGAACAGGAGACAAAGAGGAGAGAUGGGAGCAGAAAGAGGAGCAGGAGACAAGGAGGAGAGAGGAGAGCAGACAGAGGAACAGGACACAAGGAGGAGAGAGGAGAGCAGAGAGAGGAACAGGAAACAAGGAGGAGAGAUGGGAGCAGAGAGAGGAGCAGGAGACAAGGAGGAGAGAGGAGAGCAGAGAGAGGAACAGGAGACAAGGAGGAGAGAAGAGAGCAGAGAAAGGAACAGGAGACAAGGAGGAGAGAAGAGAGCAGAGAAAGGAACAGGAGACGAGGAGAGAGGAGAGCAGAGAAAGGAACAGGAGACAAAGAGGAGAGAGGGGAGCAGAGAGAGGAACAGGAGACAAAGAGGAGAGGAGAGCAGAGAAAGGAACAGGAGACAAAGAGGAGAGAGGAGGGCAGAGAGAGGAGCAGGAGACAAAGAGGAGAGAGGGGAGCAGAGAGAGGAGCAGGAGACAAAGAGGAGAGAGGAGAGCAGAGAGAGGAAAAGGAGACAAAGAGGAGAGGAGAGCAGAGACAAGGAGGAGAGGAGAGCAGAGAGAGGAGCAGGAGACAGGAGAAGAGCUGUUUUCAGGAGUCCACUCUUCACCUUUGGACUUGGGUCCAGUACAGAACUGAGUUUGGAUCAGUUUUCAUGGAGACUUGUAUCAAUGAUUCAGACAUGUUUGAUUCCUUUCGGGUGUCUUGAUCAUUUCUCAGUAUCCACAGAAGUUUCUGUGUCUGGAGUGAGUUUCCAUCCCUGAUCAUCUUUCUCUGUUUGACAGGUUCAGACCGGAGCCAUACUCUGGUGCUCCUGAAUCAGAGUCUGGAUGUGGCCUCAGCUGUUUGUCCUUGAAGAGUGACUGUUCAAAGGAUUUCUUUGUUCAUUUCAAUGACCAGCAUCCUUCUGCAAAGAAGUAAGUUGUUAGUAACAUUCCCACCAUCAGCUUUUUAAGAGGGAGUAAACCGAGCUUGAACACAUGAGUCCUUUCUUUAUGUUUGUGUGUGUGGACAGACAAAACAGCUUAAUCUUCAUGAUCUCUCCACAGAGUCAACCAGCAGAGGUCAGACGUUCCCACUGAUCAGUCAGCCCGGCAACAGCAAACAGACCUGGACUCCAUAUUUAAGGUCUUUAAAUGUGCAGGAACCACCUUGACAUCCAUUCUGCACACCUGCUGCAACUUUUGUGGAAGACACCAAAGAAGUUUGAUUCUCAAUCAGUUGUUUCUGGUGUUUGGUUCUAUCAUUUUAGCUCUAUUUUGUUAAUGUUUUAACUUUUUGUUCCAGUUGCUGGAGGAGCAUAUUGUUACCUACGUGAAAACAAAGUUAAAGAGGAUGCAGAAAGAUCUCGAUUCUGGAUACCCAGAAAGUCGGGGAGAGGUUAGUGAAGAAGAAAAACAGGAGAGUACCAUCGGAGAGGGUUUUCUGAAGAUCACUGUGGGCUUCCUGAGGAGAAUGGGGCAGGAGCAGCUAGCUAACUGUCUGCAAAACAGUAAGAGGAUUUCUAUAAAGAUUAAAAUGCUGACCGAUAGCUGACAAUUUUACAUUAUGAUCAUUGGUUAAACAGAGGUUAGAAUGUAUAAUGAACAUUUUGAAUAUCAUCAUUACCUGCUCAUCCAGGACCUCCUGCAUCAGUUUGUCAACAUAGACUGAAGUCUAACCUGAAGGAGAAGUUCCAGUGUGUCUUUGAGGGGAUUGCGAAAACAGGAAACCCAACCCUUCUGAACCAGAUCUACACAGAGCUCUACAUCACAGAGGGAGAUACUGGAGAGGUCAAUGAUGAACACGAAGUCAGACAGAUUGAAACAGCAUCCAGGAAAGCAGACAUAACAGAAACAACCAUCAGACAGGAAGACAUCUUCAAACCAUUACCAGGAAAACAUGAACCAGUCAGAACAGUGAUGACAAAGGGAGUGGCUGGCAUUGGGAAAACCAUCUUAACACAGAAGUUCACUCUGGACUGGGCUGAAGACAAAGCCAACCAGGACAUCCACUUCACAUUUCCAUUUACCUUCAGAGAGCUGAAUGUGCUGAAGGAGAGAAAGUUCAGCUUGGUGGAGAUCGUUCAUCACUUCUUCACUGAAACCAAAGAAGCAGGAAUCUGCAACUUUGAAAGGUUCCCGGUUGUGUUCAUCUUUGACGGUCUGGAUGAGUGUCGACUUCCUCUGGACUUCCACAACAAUGAGGUCCUGACUGAUGUUACAGAGUCCAGCUCAGUGGAUGUGCUGCUGACAAACCUCAUCAGGGGGAACCUGCUUCCUUCUGCUCGCCUCUGGAUAACCACAAGACCUGCAGCAGCCAAUCAGAUCCCUCCUGAGUGUGUGGACAUGGUGACAGAGAUCAAAGGGUUCAAUGACCUUCAGAAGGAGGAGUACUUCAGGAAGAGGUUCAGAGAUAAAGACCAGGCCGGCAAAAUCAUCUCCCACAUCAAGACGUCCAGAAGUCUCCACAUCAUGUGCCACAUCCCAGUCUUCUGCUGGAUCACUGCUACAGUUCUGGAGGAUUUGCUUAGGGCCAUCAAAAGAGGAGAGCUGCCCAAGACAUUAACUGAGAUGUACAUUCACUUCCUGGUGGUUCAGUCUAAAAGAAGGAACAUCAAGUAUGAAGGAGGAGCUGAGAUGGAUUCUGAAACAAAGUUGGAUGAGAUGAUCAAGUCUCUGGGAAAACUGGCUUUUGAGCAGCUGCAAAAAGGAAACCUGAUCUUCUAUGAAUCAGACCUGAUAGAGUGUGGCAUCAAUAUCAAAGAAGCCUCUUGGUACUCAGGAGUGUUCACUCAGAUCUUCAGAGAGGAGAGCGGACUGUACCAGGACAAGGUGUUCUGCUUCAUCCACCUGAGUGUUCAAGAGUUUCUGGCUGCUCUUCAUGUCCACCUGACCUUCACCAACUCUGGAGCCAACCUGCUGUCAGAAGAUCCAUCAACCUACCAUGGUUCCACAAUGACAGAGUUCUACCAGAGUGCUGUGGACAAGGCCUUACAGAGUCCAAAUGGACACCUGGACUUGUUCCUCCGAUUCCUCCUGGGACUUUCACUGCAGACCAAUCAGACAGUCCUUGAAGGCCUACUGACUGUGACAGGGAGUUCCUCACAGAGCACUCAAGAUGUAGUUCAGCAUAUAAAGGACAAGAUCGAAGAGAGUCCUUAUCCGGAAAGAAGCAUCAAUCUGUUCCACUGUCUCAAUGAGCUGAAUGAUCGUUCGCUAGUGGAGCAGAUCCAACAGUAUCUUGGUUCAGGAAGACUCUCCAGAGAGAAACUUUCUCCUGCUCAGUGGUCAGCUCUGGUUUUCAUCUUACUGACAUCAGAUAAAGAUCUGGAUGUUUUUGACCUGAAGAAAUACUCCGCUUCAGAGGAGGCUCUUCAGUUUCUUAUUCCAGUUGUCAAAGCCUCCAAAAAAGCUCUGUAAGUUGUUUAAUAUUUGCAUUUAGGGACAUUUUUUAAGACAUCCAUAUUUUUGGCAGUAGAGAAACUGCUGGCUACUUACAUAUGUUUAAACUUUUUGCCAUCUUACCAGACUCAGGGGCUGUAACCUAUCAGAGAGAAGCUGUGAAGCUCUCUUCUCAGUCCUCAGCAGCCGGUCCUCUACUCUGAGAGAUCUGGACCUGAGUAACAACGACCUGAAGGACUCAGGGGUGGAGAAACUGUGUGUUGCACUAGAGAGUCCAAACUGUGCACUGGAAACACUGAGGUAAGACAAAUGUUGUAAUAUCUUCAGUUAUUUAUGACAAAACACUGACUUCUUCGCAGGUUCAACAGCCUACCUCUGGUAAGGAUUUUUACUCAUGUAUAGUAAAUGGUCACAGUGGUAGCGGGCUGGAAAAGGUAUCUAGUCUUCCAACUUCUCAGCCUUUGAGUCCUCCAACUUUCCAGAAAGACUCCAUCCUGAAGAUUUGGGUUUUGACUGCAGUGACAAGAUGGAGGUUUUACUCAGCAUUAUCUUGCAAGGAUGAUGCUGGUUUCGCGCCCUAAUGUUCCUGUGCAAUAUCAAACCUCAAGUUGCAUGAAGUGGUCACCUAUGAACAUGACCUUGGAGCAUGAUAUUUUUUUUAGACUCAAAGGGUGAAACCCAAAGCAACAUGUCCACAUACUUAUUGGUGCUGACUCUAUUUUUUGUCCCCCAUUGGUACCAAAAAAAACCACAUCCAUGGUGCCUGUAGGAUACAUGAGAUGAGUUGUUUGUCUUUCAGAUAACAUGAUAACUUAAACCUGCCAAGCAGACUGGUUUUGAUUAUGUUCAUUCCUCUGUCUUCAGACUGAAUGACUGUGACUUCUCAGGGAGAAGCUGCGAAGCUCUGUCCUCAGUUCUCAAGAAUAAUGCCUCCAGUCUGAGGGAACUGGACUUGAGUAACAACAACCUGCAGGAUUCAGGAGUGACGUUUCUGUCUGCAGGACUCGGGAGUCUGCAGUGUUCUCUAGAAACUCUAAGGUCAGAUGUUGCAAUAGUUUCCCUCUGAACUCUAUCAGUUUGAGUUUUUUACAUGUUGAGAUUAUGAAAAUCAGUUGUCAUUUAGGAUUCAAAAUAAUCGCAUACAUAAAUAAACUGUACCCUUGCUGGAUCUUCAGUUGUAUAACCAGCCCUUCACAGUAAUCCCAAAUGAUCUGCUAAAUGUGUUAUUUUUGUGUCUCCAGGCUGUCAGGGUGUCUCAUCACAAAGGAAGGCUGUGCCUCUCUGGUCUCAGCUCUGAGUUCCAACCCCUCACACCUCAGACAGCUGGAUGUGAGCUACAACCAUCUAGGAGACUCAGGAGUAGAGCUGCUUCGUACAGGACUGGAGGAUCCACAAUGGGGUCUGGGCACACUGAGGUAAGCAGAGACCAGACACACAGUCUGAUAAUAGAGGAAAUAGAGCUGGAAACAUGUUAUCUGUCACAGUGUUAGUGUGGUUCAUCUGACUCUGAAACAACAAGCUGGAAAAAAUGCUAAGUGCCCCAGAAGAACCUGUGUCUGUACCAUGCCAAAUCUUUCUGGUAACGAAUUAGAAACACUAUUACAAAAAAAGUGGUAACACUUAGUGAUGUCACUAACUGUUGGCAAAGAUUCCUCCAUUACGGUCAAAGUCAAGAAAACCCGGUUUCGUAUUGACCUUCUUUAUUGAAGAAAUCUGAAGUGAAGAUUUAGAAUUUAAGUUGACUUGAUGGUCAGUCACAUAGAAAUUACGUUAAGCGUAAACAAACCUCUUGGAACCAACUUAAGCCAGCACACUAUCAUCAAAAAUACAAUCACUGUUUUCUCCAGUCCCCUCUCCAAACCAGGUAUCUGAUCAGGAUACCAACUCGGCAGCGUCUUUUGCCAGUUUUCAGGGGUUACAUAUCCCACAUGACCUGGGAAAGUAAAGCACUAGGAAAGGGACAUCUGGUUCCACCUGGUGAGCAGCCUGGCCCAUGGACCCCAUACACCCUUGUCCAGUGACAUUACAAAGGCCAAUCUGCCUUUUACGUGUUACUCCUGUCAGGGUUUUUCUGAUGUUGGCUGAAGACAGCAGGGUAUGGAGUGUUUGGAGUGUCAAUGAUGAUCCUAAACAUGAAGUCAUUAAGUCAUUCAGUGUCACGUUUCAAGGUAAAACUAAAAGUGGAAGGACCCAAACUGCAGAUACAAAGAUCAGAUUUAUUUUAAAGGAACUAAAAGAAAAGGCAACAAAACCCCACUUUUAAAAUCGUCCAACCGAAAGUAAUCCCAGAGUCAAAAAAACACAAGGAGCCAAAUCAUAGGAACAAAAUUCACAAGGAGGAAAAAUACCAUGAGGAGACACUGGAGUCACACAGAGGCAUAGAUAUACAAUGAACCAACAAGGCAACAUUCAGCAGUUCAUUGGAGGGUGUCUCUCUCACAGGACUCACUAAAGGCCCACUCCAUAAACUAUUUGUCAUAUGUACUGGUUCACAGUUGGUUCUGAGAUGGGUUAGCCACCAUGUCCCCCGAUGACUCUAGAUACAAAGGCCUGUUCUUGGCAAUGAUGAUCAGGCGGUUCUUUCACUCACAGAUGCUAGCACAUAGCAGCUGUUAAGGUCCUUACACACCAGGCGCAAAUCCGCCAGGCGAAUUAUUCGCCUUUAUUCGCCUUUUUUUUAAAAAGCAUAAAGUCAAUGCAAGCUUCCACACCGGCUGCGAUUUUUCCGUGGGGCGAAAAGCAUCUUUUAUUUUUUCGCUCUCUUAACUGAGCUUUUGUUUUUAUGUGUUUUUAUUUUCAUGUGCUGAUGUUCUGUGCUUGCAACUGUUGUCAAAGCACUUUGUAAACUUCUGUUUUUAAAGGUGCUAUAUAAAUAAAGUUAUUAUAGGGGUCAAGGAGGAACGGACCAGCAGGAUGGUGGGCAUGCAGCAGCAGGGAGCAUGGUCAAGGUGGGAGGGUGCGCUGGAGAGGAAGGUGACCUGGUCUGAGAUCUGGCAGGCAGAACUGCAGCGCAUAGGGUUCAUGGUUCGUGCUGUCUACGAUGUCCUGCCCAGCCCAGCCAAUUUCCAUCUCUGGGGUCUGGGUGACUCUCCAGCCUGUGCCCUGUGCUCCAGGAAAGGCUCUCUGGAGCACAUCCUAAGCAGCUGUUCGAUAGCCCUUGGGGAGGGUCGUUACCGCUGGCGGCACGACCAGGUGCUGAAGUCUGUUGCUGAAACUAUCUCCAAAGCCGUGGCCAAAAACAACAGCCGCAAGCAACAACCUGGCAACAGGAACAUUACCUUUGUCAGGGCUGGAGAGCAGCCACAGUCACAGCCCAAACUAGCAGCUGGCCUCCUCACCUCAGCGGUGGACUGGGAUCUCAGAGUUGACCUUGGCAAGCAGCUCAAGUUUCCAGACCAGAUCACGACAACUUCCCUGAGGCCAGACAUCGUGCUAUCGUCAGUCUCUUCAAGGCAGGUGCUCCUGUUAGAACUGACAGUUCCCUGGGAGGAUCGCAUAGAGGAGGCAAACGAGCGGAAGCGGUCAAAGUACCAGGAGCUGGUCGAGCAAUGCCAAAGAAGAGGGUGGAAGGCACGGUGCGAACCCAUUGAAGUGGGGUGCAGGGGCUUUGCUGGCCGCUCAUUGUGCAAGGUUUAUUCUCUACUUGGCAUCACCAGGGCUGCAAAAAGGUCAGCCAUCAAGUCCACCAUGGAGGCGGCAGAGAGAGCCUCCAGGUGGCUGUGGAUCAGGAGGAGCGAACUGUGGGCCAUUGCUACUGGGACACAAGCCAGGGUCUGAUCAACCCUAGGCUGGGUCACCUGAGGGAGGACGUAUGAUGUUGAAAGACCCGAAACGCCCAAUGAACUCAGGAACAUCACUGAUGAUGUGUCCCAGUUGCAUCUCAUGAUGUAUCUUUCAAUCAUUAUAUUAUUAUUGUGUCAAAUUUUUCAGAGAUUCGCAGGCGAAUAUCUGGACCUGCUAGACCUCUGGCCAAUCAAAAGUCAUGUUGUUGAUGACGUCACAGACCCAUGCGGCCUCAGUUCACACGACACACACCACCACUGGCACCAAGAGCAACGAUGGGAGAGAGUGUGUACCACAGAGUGGUCGCCCGGUGUGUAUAGGUGAAAGCGAUUUUUUGGACCAGCGAAUAUUUUCGCAUUUUUGUCUCGCUUUUUUUUGUCUCGCUUCGCUCCGCAAAUUUGCUGGUGUGUAAGGACCUUUAGACAUACACCUCCAGAUGGGAUUAGGAUGUUCAUAGAUUACAAACUUCUUGUGAUAAACCAGCCGCAGCCUUUUAAACAUUGCAGAUGUUUCUGUAAGUUGGAUCUAGAGAGUAAAGAAGGUUCCACCUGCCAGUGAGACGAGACCUUUCAAUGGGAUUAUGUAGGUCUUCCUCCAAUAGAGAGUUAUACCUUGGUUGAUUGACUCUUAACUGCUUUUAAAAGAGGACUGGAGCAAGUGGUGUUGUGAUGGACCCAACUCUGUGUUAAUAUAAACACACCAGCCCUUCUACUGGCAUUGUCCUGCAUUGGUUUCUUGGCUAAAGGGCGAAGACGCAAGUAUAUUUUUAGUCUAAUCUCUGUCCUCCUUUCAGGGUGGAGCCAGAUGGAGUCCAAUGGUUAAGACCAGGUCUGAGGAAGUGUAAGUGUGUUCCAUUUAAAUCUGUUCAUGUCAAAAAAAUUUGAAACUCAAAGUUGUCCACCAUGAGCAGACAACAUGAAUAACUGCAGCUGUGUUGUCUUUCUCCUCUGUUAGAUUCCUGUGAACUCACACUCGACACAAACACCGUGAACAGGAAGAUCAAACUGUCCAACAACAACAGGACGCUGACAUUUGUGGAGGAGAAUCAGCUGUACCCUGACCACCCAGACAGAUUUGAUGAGUGGCCUCAGCUUCUGUGUGACACUGGUCUGACUGGGCGCUGUUACUGGGAGGUGGAGUGGAGAGGUCAUGUGGAUAUAUCGGUGAGCUACAGAGGAAUAAGGAGGAGAGGAGGCAGUGUGGACUGUGUGUUUGGAAGGAACGAUCAGUCGUGGAGACUGAGUAUCUCUGAUGGUACUUACACUGUUUACCACAAUGACAGAGUGACCUCCCUCUCCUCCUCCUCCUCCUCCUCCUCCUCCUCAACCUUGUUCUCUAACAGAGUAGCGGUGUAUCUAGACUGUCCUGCUGGCUCUCUGUCCUUCUACAGUGUCUCUCCUGAUGAAAUGAUCCACCUCCACACCUUCAAUACUACCUUCACAGAACCCCUGUACCCUGGGUUUGGCUUUGGGUUCUGGUUUAGGUCCAGUUCCUCAGUAUCUCUCUGCAAUCUGUAG